AUGAGAAAGCAGAAGAUAUUCAAACCAUUCACGUACUUUGAACUCAUAAAAGAUGCUAUAGCACACUACGAACAGUGUCACGCAACCAGUAGUGAGGUAUUUGCAUAUGCCACUGCCAAAUAUCCACACAUAUUCCUACAGUCUAAUUCUGUGACUUGGAAGAAUAAUAUUAGACAGGUUCUCUCUAAACACCCUGAAUUCAUCAAAAUUGCCACCACUAGAAACAACAAGAAAACAAACUGUUGGAAAUUCAUCGAAUUGGAUGAAAUAAGACACAAUGAAAAGGUCCUAAUGAAAUACCUGGCACAAGAUGACGAGUCAAAAGAGAACAUUAGUGACUUAUUUUAUUUGUAA